AUGCGUUUAUUCCUCAAGACCUCUUUGCUUAGUUUGCUGUUCCAGCAGGCUUCCUUCGUACUCUCUACAGCUAUAUACGAUUCCAUUGAUGUCGCUGUCAUCGGAGCAGGGCUUUCCGGUCUUACAGCCGCGCGAGAUCUUCUUGAUGCUGGCAAAUCGGUCAUUGUACUGGAAGCCAGGAACCGCGUUGGCGGCAAAGUCUAUGGCAAGCCACUCGCAGAUGGUGGUGUCACCGAAGUAGGGGCCGAGUUUGUUGGACCUACUCAGGACAAAGUACUCGGCAUGAUCUCCGACUUGGGGCUUCAGACCUUCCAAACCUACAGUCAGGGACGGUCUGUCCUGUGGCGUAACGAUACACGCCAUCUUUUCACUCCAGACCCAGAACUCGGCGGUGCGCCGCUGGUCCAUCCAUCGUCGCUGGUACAAAUUACGAAUGCGCAAGCGCAACUAGACGAGUGGGCUGCCGAGCUAAAUACGAGUGCCCCUUGGAUACACCCACAGGCGGAAAAAUGGGACAGUCAAACGUUCGACGCCUUCAUCAGCCAGAACGCGAACCACUCCGAUGCUCGAUUUAUGCUUACGACAGCUUGCAAGGCCAUCUUCGCCGCCGAACCCAAAGAGCUGUCGCUCUUGUACGUGCUUGCCUACGUCGCCGCUGCAGGAAAUGAAUCUACGACCGGCACUCUCAGCAGGCUAAUUGCGACCAAGGAUGGUGCACAGGAGUCGCGUGUUAUCGGCGGCACCGGACUCAUCCCACAACGUUUGGCCGACGUGGGCUACGAUGUGCGCUCACGAGCCGGUACUAUCAUCGCAAAGAACGUUGUCCUUGCCAUGUCUCCUCCACUUCUCCGCCAGAUCAUCUUCAAGCCCGCUCUGCCUUUGCCUCGCCAGAAACUGAAUGAACAAACAAAGAUGCCUGCGCUCGGCAAGGGUAUCGCAAUUUAUGAGCCUGCCUUCUGGCGCAGUACCGAGAACCUCAGCGCCCAAGUCAACUCUGAUGCUGGAUCUGUUCGGGUCACAUUCGACAGCACUCCCGACGAUGCAUCCUUUGGCGCCAUCCUGGGCUUCAUUCUCGGUGACGAGAUUAGAACGAUCGAUAAGCUCUCAGUCGUAGAAGGGGAGUCCAGGAUUAUUUCUGACUACGUACGAUAUUAUGGCAAGCAGGCAGCUAAUGUGACCGAGUUCGUUCUGUUCCGCUGGGAUUUGGAGGAAUGGUCGAGGGGUGGUCCUGUUGCAGUCGCACCACCAAGGGUUUUGACAAAGUACGGCAGUGCUCUGCGUCAAAGUGCUGCUGGUCUGCAUUUUGCAGGAACAGAGACCAGUGAGUACUGGACAGGGUACAUGGAUGGCGCUAUUCGAAGUGGAGAGAGGGUCGCUCAGGAGAUCCUGCGCUCUUCUUGA